AUGUAUACUAGAGUGUCACCAUGCACUGAAGGCAAUAACCUGAAAAACAGGGUUACCCUAUUACCUUGUUACCCUGUUAAAGGACACAGUAAAUCUCUCGGCAAUGACGCUGCCGACGAGCUUACAAAGAGGGGAUCCGGAAUGUUUCCGGCUGGCGCGUACCUACUUCUUCCCUUGCCCGUAUCGCAGGUGCGCACCUGGAUUCACCAAAGAUCCAUAGAAUUCCGCAAAACGCGGACUGCAAGCAGUAAAAAAUGGCACUGA